AUGUCUGCCAGUGUCUUAGUAUUAGCAGUUUUACUUAUACCGCUAUUUUUAAUGGUAAUUUUGUUGCAAGAUUCCUUGACCGCUUCAUCCUAUUUAAUCAUCGGAGCUGUGGCAGGUUUUGCAGCAGCUACAAUAACAGCAACUCUUAUGAUAUUGUGCUCUACCAAACAUAAACACGCCAUCUCGAAUGAGAAUGGCUUCAAAAUUCAGACCUCAGCAAACAAUAGGUCCACACUGGAAAUCAACGCUCAAAUAAGCGCUAACAACACCUAUGUUCAGGGUCAUGAAUUAGUCAAGUGUAAUGAGACACUCACUUCUGCGUGCCCUACAGAUCCGCCUCUAAACGGGCCUCAACCGACUCAAGAGAGAAAAAUCAGUAUUGCUAGUGAUUAUACAGAAUCUCACUAUUAUACGGAAAUAGAUGAAUAUUUUAUUAAUAAAAGAAAAGAAAAACAAGAGAAAAAGUUACAGCACCGAUAUGACAAUGAGGCGUUUGAAGAAGACGGUUUUCAAGAAAAUGUUGUUCAGUUACAUGGCAAUCCCUUUAUGUACGAUUAUGCUUACGGCCUAAACCCACACGAAAAAUGA